CCACUUCUGCUUUUCUUACUUUUCUUAUCUGAGACAUUGAGGAGUGACUGAUUUCAAAACUCAUCCUGUGAAGUCAGAUAGCAGUCAAAAGCGUGGAGUUUCAUCUGUCAUCAUCAGAAACGGAGAGAGGGAAGAGGAAAAAUUUCCUAAACACACUUCAUAACUUGAUUGUGGGUAAGUGUGAAAACCACACAGGAUUUGUGGGGACCUCCAGACCGGUGCUGAGGCCUUCAGCUACUGUCUCAGGUUUUUGAAGUUUAGCAAUGGAGCCUUUCUCUGCAGACAACAAUUCAACGGACCUACCCUCACAGCCCUGGUAUGAACCCCAAGUCAUUCUCUCCAUGGUCAUUCUCAGCCUCACUUUCUUAUUGGGCUUGCCGGGCAACGCGCUAGUGCUGUGGGUGGCUGGCCUAAAGAUGCAGCGGACGGUGAACACGGUUUGGUUUCUCCAUCUCACGCUGGCGGACUUCCUCUGCUGCCUCUCCUUGCCCUUCUUGCUGGCUCACUUGGCUCUCCAAGGACACUGGCCCUAUGGCUGGCUCCUAUGCAAGCUCAUCCCCUCCAUCAUCAUCCUCAACAUGUUUGCCAGCGUCUUCCUGCUGACUGCUAUUAGCCUGGAUCGUUGUCUUUUGGUCCUCAAGCCAGUCUGGUGCCAGAAUCACCGCAAUGUGGGGACAGCCUUCACUAUCUGCGGAUGUAUAUGGGUGGUGGCUUUUGUAAUGUGUAUACCUGUGUUCAUGUACCGGGAGACAUUCGUGGUAGACAACAAUGAGAUGUGUGGCUACAGUUUUGGUCUCUACAGCUCAUUAGAUUAUUCAGACUUCACCAUGGAUCUACUGGAAAAUGGGUCUCUUGACAACUCCAUGGUGCAGCUGCCUGGAGAAAUGGAUGAUAGAUUAGAGUCUUUCUCUUUACAAACAAAUGAUCUUCCUUGGACAGCCACCACUAUCCUCUAUUCUCAAACAUUUCAAAGACCUUCUGGAGAGUCACUCCCUGUGGAUUCAGCUACAUUAUCUGAUCAACAUCUGUAUUAUAAUUUAUUUAAACCUGCUGAUGAGGUCUCAUCUCUAAUCCCCAAUGGGUUUCCCACUGAAGAUCACAGAACUGACCCACCAGAUAACUCUGAGACUUUUCUCUCUACUGAUUUAGAGCUUUACUCUGAUAUUUCCAGCAAUUCCUUAUAUGCAUAUGAGCUACCCCAAGAUUUCCAGGAUGAUGAUUUAGGCCAGUUUUCAUAUGACAAUCAAGUACUAACACCCCUGAUGGCAAUAAUCAUCACUAGACUAGUGGUGGGUUUCCUUCUGCCCUUUAUUGUCAUGGUGACCUGUUAUGGCCUCAUUAUCUUCCGGAUGCGACGGGGCCGCUUCACCAAGACUUGGAUCAAAACCUUCCAAGUGGCUAUGGCUGUGGUGGUUGUCUUCUGUGUCUGCUGGGCUCCAUACCACAUUGUUGGAGUCCUAUCAUUGUUUUUUGACCCAGAAACUCCCUUUGGAGAAGCUCUGCUGUCUUGGGACCAUGUGUCCAUCGCUCUAGCAUCUGCCAAUAGUUGCUUUAAUCCCUUCCUCUAUGCCCUCCUAGGAAAAGAUUUCAGGAAGAAAGCAAAGCAGUCCAUGAAGGGCAUUCUGGAGGCAGCUUUCAGUGAGGACCUCACACACUCUACCAGCUGUCCCCAAAGCAAAGUCUUUUUGGAAAGAAACAGCAUCAGUACAACUGUGUGAAGAUAUGGAGCAGACGAGCCAAGCAGAGAUUCUUAGGUAUUCACCCAGUGCAACAGGUUUCUAAAACAACGAGGGGUAUUGUGAGCAGGGGAUUUCAGAAACCAUCGAGAAUCAAUCCAUAGGUUCUCAAAGUAUGGUCCUCAGACUAGGGGCAUCAGCAUCACCUGGUAACUUGUUAGAAUCACCCAGAAACUUGCUGAAUCAGAAUCUCUGGGGUUGGGGCCCAGCGAGUAUUUUAACAAACUCUCGUUUCUAAUGAAUGCUAAAUUAGAAAAUCGUUGUAAGGGGCCCCUGGGUGGCACAGCGGUUUAAGCAUCUGCCUUCGGCUCAGGGCGUGAUUCCGGCGUUAUGGGAUCGAGCCCCACAUCAGGCUCCUCUGCUGUGAGCCUGCUUCUUCCUCUCCCGCUC